GUCCAACAAGAAUAACGGCUGGCAGAAGUUCAAAGACGACCUCAGCAGCAAAUGCAGCAUUAUCACUGCGACCCACAAAGGUUCCUGGAGGCUCGACCAGCCCAAGGCACCCAAGGUGAACCUGGGUAUCAUCGACGAGCCUGGCCAGGUCAACGAGGUCCCCGCUGCCAUCUCCAUCGGCAUCAUGGUCGAUUGUGGCGCUCACAUCGUGCUCGUGGGCGAUCCCAAGCAGCUCCUGCCCACAGUACAGUCCCGGUACGCAGAACACCCGUGGCUACAAGUAUCCUUGUUCGAGAAUGUCCAAGACUCCUUGGGCGAGGACAGUCCUGCCACAGUACUUCUCGCAGGGUGCUUCAGGUGCCACCCCGACGUCCUUGGCUUCUCCAGGUUCGCUUACUACGACGAGAAGUUCGAGUCAG